AUGCUCAAUGAACCAAACAUUCACUCGGCUGCACAUGUCGAUGCUUCCGUUGCAUAUCGAAAAUGGAUUGAAUCGAAAGGGAAGGAAAAAGCGUACGAGUUGAAAGUUAGAGAACUAGUGGAGCGAACCAAGUUGGAUGCCCAGUGGGAUGGUGUGACAGUGCCCACAACUCUAGAGGAGUACUGUUUGGCCUCACGCCAGCAGCAAUCCCUAGCGAAAUCCCGACACGACAUGGAAGCUGCUAUGCUUUUGGAAGGUGACGACGACUACUGUUUCUGUGCUGAUGACGAUGAUGAGGAAUUUGAUGACUUCGAUGAAAUGUACGAGGAGGCGGAUGACGAGGAAGAGGUCGUUGAUUGCGAGGACGAAGGUGUUGCUUGUCACCGCGGCGAUGCAACUGGAUCAGCAUCAAAAACCGAUGUUGUCGCCAACAGCAGUGUUCAACCUUCGGGAGGUCACAAUGUGCCUUCCACAUCUUCUCCUGGCGGAUAA